GCCGACUCCAAGCAUGAGCCACUACGCGGUUGCAGGCAUCCUGUACUUUCUGACGCACCCGAGUCUCUGGCUCACGACGCUCUGCCCCAUGAUCAUGACGAUCAUCGUCGGUAUCGUGUCGGUCGUUGUGCUCAUCAGCGCCGGCCUCUACCCGCAAGCGUAUGGCCUCGAGGAGGCCGGUCUCUCAGCGACGUGGGCAUGGGUCCUCGCCAUUUUCCUCGUCGUGCUCGAGAUCUUCCUCGUCGUCCUCAUCUACUCGCAAACGUGCACGCCCUGCUUCAUGGACGCCAUCUUCGAAAAGACGCUCAAGCUCCGCGGGUUUACCGACCUCGUCGAGAACAGCGAAGCGCACUCGGGCUGCGGCCGCGCCUGCCGUGCGUGCUGCAAGGUGAGCUGCCUCUCGCAAAUCUUCAUUUUGAUUGUGACGUUUCCGCUCAACUUUAUCCCGAUCAUUGGCACGAUCGCGUACGUCUACCUCAACGGCCGCUUCAAGGCCUGGGAAGAGCACCUCCUGUACUUUGAAAUGCGCGGCAUGAAGUACGAAGACCAGAAGGACAUUAUUGACGCGCGCAAGGUCGAGUACGCAUCGUUUGGCAUGCAGUGCAUGUACCUCGAGCUGAUUCCGUUCUUCGGCUUUAUCUUUUUGUUUACAAAUACGGUCGGCGCGGCGCUUUUUGCUGCCGACAUUGAAGAGAGUCUGCGAGCCCAAGAGAACGGCUACGUGCAUGCUAAGGCCGUCUAAUUUUCUAUAUGAAUAAAAUGUCGUCUCCAUCUUCC